GUUACCUCAACAAGAUAACCCAAUGAACACUCUCCUCCUCCCUCCCCCGCCCUUCCACCUCCGCCUCCCUCCCCUCCACUUCCUCCCCCCUCCCCCCCUCCUCCGCCACCGCCACCCCUUCCACGCCGCCUCUCAGCAGCUCACCCCAAUCUCCCCCGACGACCACGACCUCUACGACGCCGCUCUCCUCCCAAACCCUCACUACGACUUCGCCCCUCUCCUCACCUUCCUCUCCAACCACCCCGACCCCCCCACCCCCCUCCACCUCGUCGAGUCCUACGCCGCCGUCCCCGCACCUCUCUGGCACUCCCUCAUCAAAAACCUCUCCUCCUCCCCCUCCAAUUUCCCCACCGCUUACGCUCUGGUGAGCUGGCUCCAGCGCCACAAUCUCUGCUUCAGCUACGAGCUUCUGUAUUCCAUCUUAAUCAACGCGCUCGGCCGGAGCGAGAAGCUCUACGAGGCCUUCCUCCUCUCCCAGCGCCGGAGCUUGACGCCACUGACAUACAACGCGCUGAUCGGCGCGUGCGCGAGGAACGGCGACCUUGAAAAAGCCCUAAAUUUGAUGGAGAGGAUGCGGCGAGACGGGUACCAAUCUGAUUAUGUUAAUUACAGUCUGGUUAUUCAAGCUCUGAUGAGGAAUAACAUUGUGGAUGUGUCAAUUUUGGAGAAGUUGUAUGGUGAAAUGGAUGCUGAUAGGAUUGAAUUGGAUGGCCAGUUGUUGAAUGAUGUAGCUACGGCUUUUGCCAAGGCUGGGGAUGUGGAUAGGGCGUUGUAUUUUUUGGGGGUGAUGCAGGGGAGCGGGCUGAGCCCGAAGACGAGCACGUUGGUGGCCGUGGUGAGUGAGUUGGGGGGUUUGGGGCGGGUGGAGGAGGCGGAGGCGGUUUUUGAGGAGUUGAAGGAGGGUGGAUUGUGGCCGAGGACGAGGGCUUAUAAUGCUCUCUUGAGAGGCUAUGUGAAGGUGGGGGCCUUGAGGGACGCGGAGUGUGUGGUGUCGGAGAUGGAGAGGUGUCAGGUCUCGCCCGAUGAGCACACGUAUAGCUUGCUCAUCGAUGCUUAUGGGAAUGCAGGGAGGUGGGAGAGUGCUAGGAUCGUGUUGAAGGAGAUGGAGGCGAACGGUGUGAAGCCGAAUUCUUAUGUGUUUAGUCGGAUCUUGGCUAGUUAUAGGGACCGGGGGGAGUGGCAGAGGUCAUUUCAGGUUCUCAAGGAGAUGAGCAAUUGUGGGGUGAGUCCUGAUAGACAGUUCUAUAAUGUGAUGAUCGAUACGUUUGGGAAGUAUAACUGCCUCGAGCAUAUGAUGGCGGCUUUUGGCAAGAUGAAGGAGGAGGGUAUUGAACCGGAUACAGUGACGUGGAAUACGCUUAUAGAUUGCCAUUGUAAGCAAGGGCAUCAUGGUAAAGCGGAGGAGCUGUUUGAGGAGAUGCAGGAAACUGGGUGUUCGCCUUGCACAACUACGUAUAAUAUCAUGAUUAAUUCAUUUGGGGCGCAAGAGAGGUGGGAUGAUGUGAAUGGCUUGUUGGGAAGGAUGCAGAGUCUAGGACUGUUGCCUAAUGCUAUCACCUAUACCACCCUCAUUGAUAUUUAUGGACAAUCGGGGCGAUUUGAUGAUGCUAUUGAGUGUUUGGAGGCUAUGAAAUCAGCUGGAUUGAAACCUUCCUCCACAAUGUACAAUGCUCUCAUCAAUGCCUAUGCACAGAAGGGAUUAUCGGAGCAAGCUGUGAAUGCAUUUAGGGUCAUGAGAAGCGACGGUUUGAAACCUAGCAUCUUGGCUCUAAACUCGUUGAUUAAUGCGUUUGGGGAGGACAGGAGAGAUGCCGAAGCAUUUUCUGUGUUGCAGUACAUGAAAGAUAAUAACUUGAAACCCGACGUUGUUACCUACACCACGCUCAUGAAAGCAUUAGUUCGUGUGGAUAAGUAUGAAAAGGUUCCUGCAGUUUUUGAGGAAAUGCUUCUCUCUGGAUGCACUCCUGACCGAAAAGCUAGAGCAAUGUUAAGAUCAGCUCUAAGAUACAUGAAGUCAGCUCUUAAUGUGUAGUUGAUUUGUUCAUCACAGGGAGAAGUAAGCCUUGGAGUCUAUAUUCACUCUUCAUUUCACCAGAUAAUUUGAGGUCGGUUCACUUUUACCACACGGAUCCUGUGUUUUUCAAGUCAAAAUUGGUUGAUGCUUAAGAGCAAAUGACUCCCUGUGCUGUGAAGCUGCCAUUUGCCUGUUCCUUGUACGAUUUUUGGAAUUGGUGAUGAAUGUAAAUAAUUACUUCAUGCAUAUUGCAUUCAAUUGUGGCACAGUAUAUGAAAUGUAUAUGCUAAUCUUUACUCAAUAUAUAUAGCUGAUGCUUCAGUUUGACAA